AUGGCCGCCGAACCGCUCAACGUCCUCGUGUCAGGCUCUGGAAUCGCUGGCAGCGUCUUUGCCUUCUGGCUCCUGAAAGCACAACCCAAGGCGAACGUCACCAUAGUCGAGCGUGCCCCGUCUCCUCGCCUCACUGGAGCCAGCGUCGACAUUCGCAGUUCCGCGGUAGACAUAAUCAAAUGGAUGGGCAUGGAACCAGAGAUUCGUGCGAAUUCGACCGGCGAGGAAGGGAUGGCAUGGGUAGAUACGAACGGCAAGCCUUUCGCCACCUUCAGAUCUACUGGCCGCACAGAUUACCAAAGCAUGACUUCUGAGUACGAGAUUCACCGUGGGACGCUGGCGAAGAUCUUCCUAACGCCCUCUGAAGACAAGAUCAAGAUGAUCUUUGCCGAGACUGUGGAUCACUACACGCAGUGCGACGACGGCAAGGUGGAUGUGACAUUUACGAAGAGCAAAGACACGAAGACCUACGAUCUCCUGGUUGCGGCUGAUGGCUUGUCGUCGAGGAUUCGUGGCCAGAUGCUGAACACGAAGCCGAGAGAGCAGAUCCACGACCAGGGUGUUCACGCUGCUUACUUUACAAUCAAAGAGGACCUCCUACAAAGCCGGCUUGCCAAGUGGCACAACGAUACGAAAGGACGGGUGGUCCUGCUGCGGCCUGACCCUGACCCUGCUGGCCGUUCACGAGGACACUUCAUCAACGCGACCCCGAAGAACGACGUCGACAUGAAGCGAAGGCUCAACAACGCGCUGAAAGAAGGCAACGAAGCUUACAUGGACCUGAUGGAGGAACUCUUUUCUGACGCCGGCUGGCUGGCGAAACCUGUCCUCAAGGCCAUGAGGGAAAGCGACGAUUUCUACUGCAGCCUUUUCGCACAAGUGCGGUCGCCCCAGCUGCAGAGUUCUGGCAACGUCGUGCUCCUCGGUGAUGCUGGCUACGCAACACCCGGAUUUGGCACUAGUCUGGCCAUCAUGGGUGGCUACGUGCUUGCCGGAGAACUGAUGAACCGGCCUAGCGAUGUCCAAGGAGCGCUGGCCGCCUACGAGAGUCUCAUGCAGCCGUUUGUCAAGAAGCAGCAAGGCGACACCCCCGAGUGGUUGGUCUUAAAUCCACAGACAGCAUGGGGCAUCAAGAUCCGGGAUACGUUGCUGUGGGCCGUGGCGGGCUUGAAACUCGACAGGCUCAUGAUCAUAGUAUCGCAUUGGCUGGGCAUCCAGGAGGAUAAAUUGGAGAUGCCAAGUUACCCCUGGCCGGAAGAGAAGAUGAGUGCAAUGCGGCUGCGAUGGCUCGCGAGAUGCUUCAUCACGCUGUCGCUCCUAGGAACGGUCUUGGCCACUAAGAGCAGUAAGCGAGAGCAGUGGAAGCCGCAGGCGCAGAAGUACUCGGACGAUGGCAAAUGGUUCGUCUUUGCCAGUCGACCCGAUAUCAAGGCUCCCGUUUGGGAGAUCAAACGCUACAAUGAGACUGCGUUAGCGCCUGGACACUGGCUCGUUGCUCCAUAUGAGGUCAAGACCCAAGAGGUCGCCGGGGAGCCUUGGGUAGGUCCCCACAUCUACGACGAAGAUGGCCAACUAGUCUGGAGCGGCACGCCCACCUUCGGAUACUGGAAUGUCUUCGACUUUUCCACGAGUGAGGUAGAUGGCGCUCUCCACCUGAGUGGCCUCGACUGGCAUAAUCAGAGAGGCGUCGUGCUCGAUGACUCCUACCGCUUGAAGAGAACAGCAUCCUCGCUGUCGGAAGAGGACACCUUCCAGAAUAUGCAUGGCUUUCACGUCGUUGAUGAUGGCGCCCAUGCCUUGGUUCAGAUUGUCCGGCGAUGGAACGUGCCACCAGAUAUUACCUUUGAAAGUGUCGGCUACAACCAUACUUGCGAGGCCCAUUAUCAAGGAUUUAGAGAGGUUGACUUGUCCUCUGAUCCAGGCACCGAGACGAUCUUCGAGUUUGAUGGUCGCAAGAUCGGCCUCAAUGAGUCGACGUACUUCAGCUACGGCCCAACUGCCGAGACCAUGUGCAAGCGCGGCUGGGAUCUGCUUCAUGUCAACGCAGUAGACAAGUGCCCGGAUGGUGAUUACCUGAUGUCAGCACGGCACACCGAUGCGCUGUAUAAGAUUUCGCACGAGACUGGUGAUAUUGUGUGGCGGCUGGGCGGAGUCAUGUCUGACUUCGAAUUUGGUGAUGAUGCGAAAUUCACAAGACAGCACCACGCUCGGUGCCUUGAACAGAAUGAGAAAUACAUCACUGUCUCGCUCUUCGACAACGCAGUCGGCGAGCACUAUCAAAAGCCAUCUCGCCGCACUUCUCGUGGCUUGGUCUUGUCGUUGGACUUGCAAAAGAAGACUGCAGAAGUUAAGGCUCAGUACGAACUUCAAAAGAACAUGUUGACGGACGGUCGAGGUAGCUUCCAAAUGCUUCCUAAUGGCAACGCUUUUGUCAACUGGGCCGUCUCAAGCAAGAUCACGGAGCAUCUACCCAAUGGAACAGUGGUGAUGGAGGCGAGACUCAAGGCAGGGGUAGACACAUACCGGGCCUUCAAGUCGCCAUGGGUCGGCAGACCGGCUUCGCCGCCGGAUGUUCACUCCGAGAUGGUGUAUAAGGUACGAGGACAGGUGGCGACGGUCAUCUCUUUGAGUUGGAACGGCGCGACGGAGGUCCAAAAGUGGAAUGUCAGAGGGUAUGGCCUGGAUGGGAAAGAGGUGCGUGUCGCAGAUGGUGUACCACGGAACGGCUUUGAAACGCAGUUGGAGUACGAAGGCUUUGUGACGGAUGUGUACGUUGAAGCCGUCGAUCAACAUGGCAGGAUUUUGAGUACAUCCAAAGGCGCUGGGAAUGUGGCUUACAAGACGAUGGAUCCGGACGGCGAAUACAUAUCGCCAUUUUGGAUCACUGUUGCGAUCGCGGCCGGAGCAAUUGUUGGUGCCGGUGCCCUUGCUGGGUAUCGAUACCUCGAAAAGCGGUUCCGCAGCAGAGAUAACGGCCAGGAAAAAGGCCGCUAUGAAAUGGUUGAACAGAACGAAGGAUAG